AUCAAUCAAUCAUCGAAGUAGGAAAGAGAACAGGUGAAAAGAAGAAGGGGUUCGGAAUCGGUGCUCAGCCCAGUUGAGCUGAGCCCCGGCCCUACCUCUCUGAUCCACCACCUUUAGGGCUUCCCCAUUUUCUCUCCCUUUUCCCCCACCUUUCCAUUUCCGUCUGUUCUUGUCUACUCUGUAGCUCUCCUUCUAUCUUCUAAAUCUUUUGGCUUGAUGGGUUCAAAGCCGUGGCUACACCCGGCUCCGACCUACCAUGCCCUGGAGACGAGCUGGGACACCGAAGAAGACGCACCAGGCCCACGCUGUAGCCACACUCUUACAGCCGUCGCCGCCACCAAAUCUCACGGACCUCGCCUCAUCCUCUUUGGUGGAGCUACCGCAAUCGAGGGCGGCGCUUCCUCCUCUGUUCCCGGAAUCAGAUUGGCGGGUGUGACCAAUUCCAUUCAUUCUUAUGACGUGGUCACCAGGAAAUGGACCAGGCUCCAACCCGCCGGAGAUCCACCUUCUCCGAGGGCUGCUCAUGCCGCUGCUGCUGUUGGCACUAUGGUUGUUUUUCAGGGUGGCAUUGGUCCUGCUGGGCACUCCACCGACGAUCUUUACGUUCUCGACUUGACCAAUGACAAAUUCAAAUGGCACAGGGUUGUUGUUCAAGGCCCAGGUCCUGGGCCUCGCUAUGGUCACUCUGUGGAUUUGGUUGCCCAACGAUAUCUGGUAACUGUCUGCGGUAAUGAUGGCAAGAGGGUGUUAUCAGAUGCUUGGGCUUUGGAUACUGCACAGAAACCGUAUAGAUGGCAACAGCUUAACCCUGAAGGCGACAGACCUUCUGCUAGGAUGUAUGCAACAUCUAGUGCCCGCUCAGAUGGCAUGUUCUUGCUCUGUGGUGGAAGAGACGCUUCGGGCAUGCCACUGGCAGAUGCUUAUGGCCUACUCAUGCAUAGGAACGGUCAGUGGGAAUGGACUCUUGCACCUGGUGUCUCUCCUUCGCCAAGGUACCAACAUGCUGCGGUCUUUGUUGGUGCUCGAUUGCAUGUUACUGGAGGUACUCUUAGGGGUGGACGGUCAGUAGAAGGUGAAGCAGCUAUUGCAGUCUUGGAUACUGCUGCUGGAGUAUGGUUGGAUAGAAACGGGAUCGUAACUAACUCUCGCACAAGCAAGACCCAAAUUGAACAUGAUACUUCGCUUGAGUUUAUGCGCCGUUGCCGCCAUGCAGCUGCAUCAGUAGGAGUCCGGAUAUAUAUUUAUGGUGGUCUUAAAGGAGACAUGCUAUUUGAUGACCUUCUUAUCGCUGAAAAUUCACCAUUUCAGUCUGACCUUAAUUCCCCUAUGUCAAAUUCUGAGAGAGUGUCAACAAUGACAAAUUCUCAAACAAAUCAGUCAUGCGCAAGUUCUUAUUUGAUACCAACUUCAGAUGGAAGACUGGAGCCCACUUCACCUGGUGGCACAAGCAUGGACAAGAAAUCUAUGGAGAAGCUGGUGGAGGCUUCAGCAGCUGAAGCUGAAGCAGUUAGUGCUGUCUGGGAAGCUAUGAAGGCAGCCUCUACAAUCCCUGGAGAAGAAGCAGCAUCUGUGUCAGAUCACAGCUUGCAUGUCCCUGAAACCUCCUCUGAUGGUAGUGAUAGUGAGGGAGAUGUUCGUCUUCACUCUAGAGCUGUUGUAGUUGCCAAAGAGACUGUUGGCAACUUGGGGGGACUGAUAAGGCAGCUGUCCUUGGAUCAGUUUGAAAAUGAGAGCAGACGAAUGAUCCCUUUAAAUAGUGAUCCAUCAAAUCCUACGAAAAAGUUCUUCAGACAGAAAUCGCCCCAAGGCUUGCAUAAGAAGAUUAUUUCUACAUUACUCAAGCCACGGAACUGGAAAGCUCCUGCUAAUAGGAACUUUUUUCUGGACUCCUAUGAAGUGGGUGAGCUUUGUUAUGCAGCUGAGCAAAUCUUCAUGCACGAGCCAACAGUUUUGCAGUUAAAGGCUCCAGUUAAAAUUUUUGGUGAUCUUCAUGGACAGUUUGGUGACUUGAUGCGCUUAUUUGAUGAGUAUGGAUUUCCUUCAACUGUGGGAGACAUAACUUAUAUUGACUAUCUAUUCCUGGGGGAUUAUGUUGAUCGUGGGCAGCACAGCCUGGAAACAAUAACUUUGCUUCUAGCUCUCAAGAUCGAGUAUCCUGAGAAUGUACAUUUAAUCCGAGGAAACCAUGAGGCUGCUGACAUUAAUUCACUCUUUGGUUUUCGUAUCGAAUGCAUGGAGAGGAUGGGUGAGAAUGAUGGGAUCUGGGCGUGGACUCGGUUCAAUCAGCUUUUCAACUUUCUCCCACUUGCUGCACUUAUCGAGAAAAAAAUUAUUUGCAUGCAUGGUGGCAUUGGGAGGUCAAUACACUCUGUAGAACAAAUAGAGAAACUUGAAAGGCCCAUUACAAUGGAUGCAGGAUCCAUCAUUCUCAUGGAUCUUCUAUGGUCUGAUCCUACAGAAAAUGAUAGUAUAGAGGGUUUGAGACCAAAUGCUAGGGGCCCUGGUCUUGUCACUUUCGGGCCUGACCGAGUCAUGGACUUUUGCAAGAAAAACAAAUUGCAACUCAUUAUUAGAGCACAUGAGUGUGUCAUGGAUGGUUUUGAGCGGUUUGCCCAGGGACAUCUUAUCACUCUAUUUUCUGCUACUAACUACUGUGGAACGGCAAAUAAUGCUGGGGCAAUACUGGUAGUUGGUAGGGGAUUGGUUGUGGUUCCAAAACUGAUUCAUCCGUUGCCACCUCCCCUUCAGUCACCCGAGACUUCUCCAGAGCGUGUCUUAGAGGACACAUGGAUGCAGGAGCUCAACAUUCAAAGACCACCAACUCCAACUCGGGGUCGGCCACAGCCUGACCACGACCGAAGCUCACUGGCAUAUAUUUGAAUGUGCCCUCCGGCAGAUUUCCCUAAUUGGUGCUGUGAUUCGGUACCUGAAUCAUAUUUCCCUGUGAUGGUAAUGCAACAUCUGGAGUCAGGACACAUGCAUCACUUAAAAGAUGUCAAAAGAUGAGGCUAUCUCGAACUCUCACAGCUUUUGGGGAUUAGAAAGAGUCAGAUUUUUGCCAAAAGAUGGGAUUAUUCUUUCCUCGUCGCUUGUGUAAUAUUUGUACAACUCAAGCUCAUACAAGAGAUGGUGUAGCAUUCUCAGCUAGCCAAUGAAAGAUGUUAGCAGAUGUACCAUAGAUGAAUUUGACAGAUAGGUUUUAUAGUGUGUACUGGAAUGUAAAUUAUAGUCUUCAAAUUAGAUUCUGUUCGUGUUGGUUCUUAA